AAACUUUCAGUGUUUUUCUGUUUCAGUGUUUUUAGCAGCAGAGAUGUCCGUCGUCACUCAGCCCCGUAGUGAGGCGGGCGGCGGCGUGGCAGCUCACCUUCAAUGCCACUUGUGUGGUCAUUUCUCUAAAAGCCACACCCAUCAGCUGUCUCACAUGGCGGCCUCUCAUCCCGCCUCCUUGGACAACGUCUGCGUUGGUCGCCUCGGCAACAUCCUGAUGUACCAGAGCACGGCACGGCUGUUCCACUGCUCCGACUGUUUCCUCACCAGCAGAGACUUCAACAAGCUGUACCAACACCUCAUCACCAAACACUGCAUGGACGAGAGGGAGGGGGGAGGGGGGGACGAGAAGGAGGGGGGAGGAGCCAGGAGGGAGAGCGUGGAGGUGAAGACAGAAGACGAGCCGGAGGAGGAAGUAAAAGAAGUUGUUAAAGUAAAGAGGAGCAGAGAGGAGGAGGAGGGACAUGAUGAAGGCUCCGCCCCUCAGAAGGCGGUGUCACUGAAAGCAGAGGGGGAGGGACAUGAUGAAGGCUCCGCCCCUCAGAAGGCAGUGUCACUGAAAGCAGAGGGGGAGGGAGAUGAAAGCGUGCUGGUGUUCGAUGGUGCCGGGUACCGCUGUCUGAUCUGUAACUGGAGGAGCAGUAAGAAAGGACCGGGCAUCAACCACGUGGUGCGGAAACACGACAUCCCCAGAGCCUACGCCAACCAGUCGCUCCGCCUGCACACAGACCCCGCCCUCAAACAGGCGCAUGGCGGCGGGGCGGAGGAGGAGGAUGGCGUGGUCGGUCUGACCGGAGAGAUGCUGAAGGAGGAGAUGGAGGCGACGGCCCGAGUGGUGCGUUUCAUCUCCAGUCGCUUCGUGUGUUUGAUCUGCGGCUGGAAGACGAAACUCAAAGGUUUCGCCAUCAGCCACGUGGAGCGCAGCCACAACGUGGAGCGCCCGUACCGCUGUAAAGACUGUAAACGCUCCUUCUUCCUGCCCAGCCGGAUGCAGCAGCACGUCAGCACCGCCCACCGGCCCGGGCGCUACGCCUGCCCCUUCUGCUGCUUCAGGUCGCAGUUCCUGGGAGGAUUCAGGAGACACUGCAGCCGCUGCAACGCCCGAGAGGAGGGGGCGGGGGAGGGGGGGGGAGGAGGAGGAGGAGCAGGGGGGGAGGGCGAGGAGGAGGGGAACGAGGAGGAGGAGGAAGUGAAGGAGACGAGGAAGAGGAGGAGAGUAGUGAAGGUGAUGAAGGAGGAAGAGGAGGAGGAGGAGGACUGAAAGCUGUGCUGUGAUUGGUUAAUAAAACCACUUCCUGUUUUUAAAUCUUCUGCUGUGUUUUUCUGAAUGUCGUGUGUGUUUGUGUUUUCAAUAAAAUAUCUUUAAACACGU